CUUAGAGCUUGGCUUGUCGUCCUUGGGUGUAAUCUCUUAAUGUUCUCGACGUUCGGCAUGGUCAACACUUGGGUACGUGUCUUUCAAGAGUAUUAUUCACGAACGAUUCUUUCCGAACAAUCGUCCUCGAACAUAGCAUGGAUAGGCUCGGUUCAGUUCUCACUGAACAUGAUGCCUGGCAUAAUCAGCGGCCGACUAUUCGACAUUGGAUAUUACCGCGAAACAAAUAUUCUAGCUACGUGCCUUUUCAUCAUCUCAGCAUUCGUCGUUGGGGAAUGUAAGAGAUAUUGGCAGUUUAUGCUAGCUCAGGGAUUUGCUGUUGGGAUAUCAUCAGGGUUCCUAAACGGUCCGACGUUUGCAGUGGCAGCCAAUUAUUUCUUCGGAAGGAGGCCAUUGGUAUUUGGUUUAAUAUCCAUUGGAUCUAGCAUUGGUGGGACAGUUUUGCCCAUCGUAACUCGCAUCCUCAUUCCAAAAGUUGGCUUUGCCUGGACAAUACGCGUCCUAGGCUUUAUUCUCCUCCUCACUACUGGUACAGCAAAUCUCUUCCUCAAACGUCGUCUUCCCCCCACCAACGUAAAGGGUGGUCUCUUCAAUCUCCCAGCAUUCAAGUCACCCCACUUCACACUCUACUACGCCUCUUGCACAGGCAUCCAUCUAGGGCUGUUCACCUUGUUAACAUACCUGGACAUCGCCGCCAUAGAAGUAGCCAAAGUACCUGUGGAUACGGCAUUUUAUCUCAUUGCGUUAGCCAAUGCUUGUUCAAGUAUUGGAAGGGUUGUUUCAGCUAUUUUGGCCGGGUGGUAUGGGCCUGUGAACGUGCUGGGGUGCUUCAUGGUGAUAGCGGCCGUGAUGACGUACGUUUGGCCUUACAGUUUGAAUCUGGGAUCCUUGAUUUUUGUGUCGAUUAUAUAUGGGAUUGCAGUGGGUGCUUUCAUCGGGCUUUUCAGCACGCCAUUGUCGCACCCCGAAUUCGGUGUUCAAGGGGACAUGGGACGAAGAACAGGGAUGUUAUUCACUUGUGGCAGUGUUGGAGUCCUAUGUGGUGCACCCAUCUCAGGUGUUAUUCGUGACGCUACGGGAGGCUACGCAGCGGUUGGGGCGUACGCGGGUUCCACCCUUGUGCUUUCUAUCGUUCUUAUGAUUUCUGCAAAAUGGGUCGCCACUAGGUCCCUGUGGGGGAAGUUCUGAUGGGAGCCCCCUACCGGCCAAUGAUGGUUAUUAACGCGAUGUUGAUCUAUGCUUUCGCACCUUGUCCGUUUUUCGCAGCCCCCGUUUCCGCUUGUUUCUUUUGAAUGCGCACAUAGACAGCCAUGCAGCAGCGCCCUUUCACGAAGAAUGGGACGCACACGUGUAGUAUAUGGAAAUGACGAUUGCAGAUGAAGAGAUGCAUGGGUCUGAGCCUUGAGCUAUUCAAGCCGGCCAAGCCUUGGUAAUUAGCGACAACGACCUUCCACAGUGUUGGAGACAAGUCACGACAGCGCACGGGCCGCUGCUGUGUUGUUGUAUUUUAUUUUGUUAUCCCCGCAGCCACCUUUGUAGUGACAGUACGGCUUACCAUCCGAGAGGUACUCUUAUACAUCGUCGUGUACUUCGACGGAUCCAAG